AUGCUGGAGACCCUGCGCGAGCGGCUGUUGAGCGUGCAGCAGGAUUUCACCUCCGGGCUGAAGACUUUAAGUGACAAGUCAAGAGAAGCUAAAGUAAAAAACAAACCCAGGACUGCUCCAUGUUUGCCAAAGUACUCUGCUGGACUAGAAUUACUUAGCAGGUAUGAAGAUACAUGGGCUGCACUCCACAGAAGGGCCAAGGAAUGUGCAAGUGCUGGAGAGCGCGUGGACGGCGAGGUGGUCAUGCUCUCCGCGCACUGGGAGAAGAAGCAGGCGAGCCUCCGGGACCUGCAGCAGCAGCUUCAGCAGCUUCCAGGCCUCAUCGCAGACUUAGAAUCGCUGACGGCAAGUCUGACUCAUUUAGAGGCUAGUUUUGAGGAGGUAGAAAACCACCUGCUGAAUCUGGAAGAUUUAUGUGGACAGUGUGAAUUAGAGAGAUACAAACAUAUGCAGUCCCAACAACUGGAAAAUUACAAGAAAAAUAAGAGGAAGGAACUUGAAACCUUCAAAGCUGAACUCGAUGCGGCGCACUCUCAAAAGGUCCUGGAGAUGGAGCAGACCCAGCAGCUGAAGCUGAAGGAGCGGCAGAGGUUUUUUGAGGAAGCCUUCCAGCAGGACAUGGAGCAGUACCUCUCCACAGGCUACCUGCAGAUAGCGGAGAGGCGAGAGCCCAUGGGCAGCAUGUCGUCCAUGGAGGUGAACGUGGACAUGCUGGAGCAGAUGGACCUGAUGGACAUCUCUGACCAGGAGGCCCUGGAUGUCUUCCUGAACUCUGGUGGCGAGGAGCACACCAUGCUGUCCCCCGUUUCAGGGCCUGAGGCAAGCCCCAGUCAGGACGCAGCCACUCUCCAGGUGCCCACUCCCUCCCAGCCCCCAGCCACACCACCUUCCUCAGCCUCACCUGGUACCGACCCGGCCUCCCAGGACUCCAGCGAAGGCGGGGAGUCGCCCGUGGUCCAGUCGGACGAGGAGGGCGUGGAGGUGGACACCGCCCUUGCCACCUUGCACACGGACGACAGCGACUCCUAA